AUGUAUAAUGUUAGUCAAACAGGAAAUGUACUGCUAAGGAGCAUUAGGAGAGAUAUAUCAACAGAAAAGACAUCAUUGGAAACCGAUAAUUCACAAAUUGUAAAAAAUAAUCUGAUAACAAAUAAUAUAUUUAUAACGUUGACAAUUUGUAAACAACCGCUUUCAGCUGAAAAUAACACAAUAUCGGAAACAUUACAAAUAUUUUAUUCUAAUUACUCGGUACCAAGUGCAGACGAUAGUAAUAGCAACCCAAUUAAUUGGGAUUAUGGGUUUGCAUCAAAAAAUUUAACAAAUUAUGAGGAAAAUGUGCUAUACAUAGGAGUUUUUGCUCCUACAUUUAACGCGGCAUUUGCAGGGGAUUAUAAUUUUCAAAUUGGAGUCUCAUCAAAAGAUACUGAUAAUUCAACCGCCUUAUUUGCAAGCGUUGAAACUUUUAGUGAUACCAAUUUUGAUACAAGUAGUUAUAAAUUAUAUUACGUUGAAGAGCCACCGCUAAAAGGAAUCACAAAAUCAUUAUGUGCAUAUCAAUCUGCUCCACAAAAUACCACCGCCGCUGUUAUCAACUUUACGUCAAGGGGCAGCUCAGGGACAAAUAAAAGAAUGUCAUUACAAUUGAAUAACAUAGCGAAUGGGACAAAUUAUGUUGCUUUUGUGACACAGCAGCAGAAUCAAAAUUUAUUGAGAUCUUGGAAUCCUAUAUCAUUCAGAACCAAACCACAAAAUAAUUGUAAAUUGAUUAGCGGACUUGGAUUUUGUGAUAAAGUCGCAUAUGCAGUACCGGCAAAUCCGGGUAUUCCGGUAGACCGUAUAACGGAAUUUUACGACGAGCUUUCAACUAAAUAUUACAAAAAUUUUACAAACGCACUAGAUUUAUUUCCAUGUGAUAAUUCAAAUUAUUCAUUAGUUAAAAAUUGUAGUCAUUGUAGUGAGGCUUAUAAAGACUGGAUAUGCGCAGUAACAAUUCCACGUUGUGCUGAUAUAGAAUUAGCAACAAGAAUUAUCAGAAACGUUAAUGACAGCCGUGUAAGUGAAAUUGAUGAGACGAUGAGACCUGGUCCUUAUAUAGAGACACCUCCUUGUUUAUGGAUAUAUGGAUUUAAACUCGUUAAACUUGAAUCCAAAUCAAAAUUUAUUGUGCAAUCCGAUGCAAAAUUUCCCGUAUGUCCAACAAAGUAUGGCAACGAGACUAAACAGUGGUCACUUAAUGACAACAACAUUUUGGGAUAG